AGGCAGACAGGGAGGUCGCUGCGCCACGCUCGGCGUUCGUCGCUCCGGCCGGGCUGCGCCCCGCGCCGUCUUCACCGCGAUGAAGCGCCCUUGCGAGGAGACGACCUCCGAGAGCGACAUGGACGAGACCAUUGACGUGGGGAGCGAGAACAAUUACUCGGGGCAAAGUUCUAGCUCUGUGAUUAGAUCGAAUUCUCCAACAACAACAUCUCAGAUAAUGGCAAGAAAGAAAAGGAGAGGGAUAAUAGAGAAAAGGCGUCGAGAUCGGAUAAAUAACAGUUUAUCUGAGUUGAGACGACUGGUGCCAACUGCUUUUGAAAAACAAGGAUCUGCAAAGUUAGAAAAAGCUGAAAUACUACAAAUGACAGUGGAUCAUUUGAAGAUGCUUCAGGCAACCGGGGGUAAAGGCUACUUUGAUGCCCAUGCUCUGGCCAUGGACUUCAUGAGCAUUGGAUUCCGAGAGUGCUUAACGGAAGUGGCGAGGUAUCUGAGCUCGGUGGAAGGUCUGGACUCCUCGGAUCCACUGCGGGUGCGACUCGUCUCUCAUCUCAGCACCUGUGCCUCGCAGCGGGAGGCAGCAGCAAUGACGUCGUCCCUGGCCCACCACCAUCACCCGCUACACCCGCACCACUGGGCUGCGGCCUUCCACCAUCUACCCGCAGCCCUGCUCCAACCCAGCGGACUCCACGCCUCGGAGUCAACGCCUUGUCGCCUCUCCACAACCUCAGAAGUGCCUUCUGCCCAUGGCUCCGCUCUCCUCACGGCCACCUUUGCCCACGCAGAUUCUGCCCUUCGGAUGCCGUCAACGGGCAGUGUUGCCCCGUGUGUGCCACCCCUCUCCACCUCUCUCUUGUCCCUCUCGGCCACUGUCCACGCGGCCGCUGCAGCAGCCACCGCGGCGGCGCACAGCUUCCCUCUGUCCUUCGCAGGGGCCUUCCCCAUGCUCCCCCCAAAUGCAGCCGCAGCAGUGGCAGCCGCCACAGCGAUCAGCCCACCCUUAUCGGUAUCAGCCACAUCCAGUCCUCAGCAGACAAGCAGUGGAACAAACAGUAAACCUUACCGACCCUGGGGGACCGAAGUGGGCGCUUUUUAGGUUUUCACCGAACUUCCUGCAAUAGUAACUGAAUGUCCUGAUCAUUUCAGAGUCAGCUUAAAACCUCUGCACCCCGAAGGUAGCCAUACAGAUAGACGUCUACAGAUCCACAAAGUAACAAUAAAGCUAUUUGGACACAAACCUCACAAAUGGAAAUGUGGUAUUACCUUUUGUUUUGUUUUGUUUUGUUUAAGGCAGCUUGGUAACUGACAUCAACAACUUUUGAAAACUUCACACUUGUUUCCAUUUAGAAUUUUCCUGGAAAAUAUGUGGACCUUACCAUCCAGCAGUGCAUCGGUAUAUCUGAAUUGGAGAAGAAAAAUGCCCUAACUGAAUUCUCUUGAAACUAGAUGGAAAAAAAUAUAUAUAUUUGUAUUUUCUAAGUGCCUGAGCUAGUGAAGUUUUUUCCUAAACAUAUAACAUUGCACAAGUAAAGAGCGUAGAAUUUAAGUUAAGAAAGGAAAGGGACAUAAGGCUUGCGUUAAGCUGCAGACAGAAUGCCAGAGAAGAGUACCAUGUUGGAACCAACAGGUUUUUAUUGGCCAAAAGAAUUGCUGAAAAUAAUUUUCAAGUUGAAGGCCUAGUUUUAUUUUAGUUUGCUUUCUUUGUACAGAUUUGCCAAGUGGCAACAUUCAGCAAUGAAUUGGAAUAAGCAAUUAUUCCCUCAGUGCUCAGAUUAACAAGCAUUCUGCUCUGCCUGCAAACCCCUAGGCACCUUUUUCUUUCAUGGCUCAAAAUAUGGUGCUUCUUUAUAUAAACCAUGCAUUUAUAGAGUGCACCUAGGAGCACUUGCCUACUGUGUGCCCACCAGAGGCUGAUUAAUGCCAACUUGAAAACGCCAGUUCAUAAAAGCUUAGAUUAAUUUAUUGUUUCAUUUGGACUAUUAUCACAUUCUCUUCAUUUUUUCCUGAUAACAUGUACUAUCUAUUUUUGUCAUCCUUUUGGGAGAAGGUGUAUUUCUGGAGGUGAUACACAGGAAGAUAGAUACCAUUAGGAAGAGAAAAGCCACGAUUUUUAAAUGCUCUUGGUCAAGUUUAAGAUUGCAUUUGAUCCCCAGUCAAGGUGAAUGUAUGCAAUGGGAUGUACAUAAAUUAGUUUUGUCCAUGCCUAGACUAGUGCUGCAUAAUGGUGUUUUGGUUUUGUUUUGUCUAUUUUGUUUAAUGACAAAAUAAUCUCUUAAUACAUUGAAAUUGAGCACGUGAGAUUUUAUGUUUGAAAGAUAAAGACACAGCAUGUAUUAUUAUGCACUUCAUUUCUCU